AUGCCACCAAUCCCUCCAGCUCCCGUGACAGCGUGGAAUCAUCGCAUAGUAUGUUACUUUCAGACCUAUCAUCACAACGAUGAAUACGUGUCUCUUCUCCCACUCAUCACCAACCCGUCCGGGGUUACGCAUGUCAUUCUGGCGGCAUUGCAUGUAAACUGGGCCCCAGAUAAUCUCACACUCAACGAUGAUCCACCAGAUCACGAGAAAUACACCCAGCUCUGGGACGAGGUGGUGGUGCUACAGGACUCUGGCAUCAAGGUUUUGGGCAUGCUAGGCGGUGCCGCCCGAGGCACCUACGCCAGACUCGAUUACAGCGAAGGAAGGACCGACGUCCCUCUCGCGCGGUUCGAAGCGUAUUACGUACCGUUACGAGACACGAUACGAAAGUAUGGACUCGACGGUCUCGACCUGGACAUAGAGGAACCCAUGUCUCUCCCGGGAGUGAUUCAUCUGAUCGAUCGAUUAAAAAGCGACUUUGGUCCGGACUUUAUCAUCACACUUGCACCUGUCGCGACGGCUCUGAUGGCGGGUCGACCUCACCUAUCUGGUUUCGAUCAUCGAUUGCUCGAGGCCGCCAGAGGAAGCAGCAUAUCGUGGUACAAUGCGCAAUUCUACAACGGCUGGGGUGGUAUGAACACGACCGACGCUUACGACGAAAUUAUGCGCAACGGUUGGCCUGCACAGAAGGUGGUCGCAGGCAUGCUGACGAACCCAAAGCACGGUGGUAGCGGGUAUGUUCCGUUGGAGCUUUCGGCUGCGGUGCUGAGUCUGCUGGUGGAGAGGUAUCCCAACUUUGGGGGUGUCAUGGGCUGGGAGUACUGGGACGCUUUGCCUCAGGAGGAGAAUUGUUGGAUGUGGGCGUACGCCAUGGGACUGUGCAUGGGCAUGAAGAGAGUAAGAGAUGCUGCCAUCAUUGUGCGUAUGGGCAGGAACUUGGCGUCUAUCAAUAUCAACCGAUGA